CCAUGACACCGCCUAUUGUACUUGUUUCGAAUUAGUUGAGCGCAUCUAAUUAUAUUAUUUGUAGUAAUUAUCUCGUGUCAAGGUGAAUGUUAAUGUUUGUCUAUAAGACGGGGCAAGCUACGUGUUUCAGGGUCUGUGUUACAACACUUUCGUGAUUAAAUAUUUCGUUUGAUCAUUGGUGUUCCCUAUUUUACAGGACGCGGGAAAUGGCUUUUAACGGAUAAACAAAUCGAUCAAUGAACUUUUCUCAUACUUCUUCACUUUUCAUUUGGACUUUAUAUCAAACAUUCUACUGGUGAGUAGAAAAUAUAACUUCAUUACAUUUGCUCCAUACAUAUAAACAGGUCUUUGAUAUCAAAGACAAGGAACUGACAAUUUACCCACUUUUUAAGAAUUCCUCAAGAAUUUAUAUGGAGAACAUUAAUGAUUCGGACACUUUUAAGAAUGAAGAUGCAGUUAGAAUGACAGACAGAGAUGAGAAAGCUGAAGACAAAAGUAUUCCUGAAUAUCGCUGUGAGAUUUAUAGGAAGACAUUCUCUUCAGAAGAUGAAGACUUCUCGCAGAAAGAAAUACACAAAGAAGAAAAACGGUUCCGUUGUGAAAUAUGUUGCAAAUGUUUUAGCACUAAUGCUACUUUAAAGACACAUAUAAGAAUACAUACAGGAGAAAAACCUUUCCGCUGUGAAAUAUGUGGGGAAUGUUUUACCUUUAAUAGUAAUUUACAGACACAUAAAAGAACACAUACAGGAGAAAGACCCUUCCACUGUGAAAUAUGUCUGAAAUGUUUUACCUCUAAUAGUAAUUUACAGAAGCAUAAAAGAACACAUACAGGAGAAAAACUAUUCAGCUGUGAAAUAUGUGGGAAAUGUUUUACCGUUAAUAGUUAUUUACAGACACAUAAAAGAACACAUACAGGAGAAAGACCCUUCCACUGUGAAAUAUGUUGGAAAUGUUUUACCUCUGAUAGAGAUGUAAAGAGACACAAAAGAAGACAUACAGGAGAAAAACCCUUCAGCUGUGAAAUAUGUGGGAAAUGUUUUACCUCUGGUAGUGAGGUAAAGAGACACAAAAGAACACAUACAGGAGAAAAACCCUUCAGCUGUGAAAUAUGUGGGAAAUGUUUUACCUCUAAUAGUAAUUUACAGACACAUAAAAGAACACAUACAGGAGAAAAACCCUUCCACUGUGAAAUAUGUGGGAAAUGUUUUACUGCUGAUAUUGAUGCAAAGAGACAUGAAAGAACACAUAAAGGAGAAAAACUCUUCCACUGUGAAAUAUGUUGGAAAUGUUUUACCUCUGAUAGUGAUGUAAAGAGACACAAAAGAACACAUACAGGAGAAAAACCCUUCAGCUGUGAAAUAUGUGGUAAAUGUUUUACCUCUAAUAGUUAUUUACAGACACAUAAAAGAACACAUACAGGAGAAAAACCCUUCCACUGUGAAAUAUGUGGGAAAUGUUUUACAGCUAGUAAUGCUUUACGGACACAUAAAAGAAUACAUACAGGAGAAAAACCCUUCCACUGUGAAAUGUGUGGGAAAGCAUUUCUGUAUAAAUUUGAGGUUGUAGUUCAUCAACGAAGUCACACUGGGGAGAAACCAUUCCAAUGUGAUAUAUAUGGAAAUUCUGUUGCUCCAAGUAGCGACCUGAAAACACACAAAACAGUACACACUCUAGAAAGACCUUUCCCCUGUGAAAUAUGUGGAAAAUCUUUUACUCAGAGAUUUUGUCUACUUGACCACAAACGUCGUCACACAGGAGGACAUACUAUUCCAUUGUGAAAUAUAUGAGAAAUUUUUUGAGUCUUGUGAAUUAAUGAAUGAGGAAAGGAUUUAUUCUGGAGGGAAACCUUUCAAAUGUAAGAUAUGAUAAACCCCUUUCUUUGGAGAACAAUUUAUAAUUCCCCAAACACAGAAUUGAUUAUUUUUAAUAUGAUCAAUAUUUUGUAGUCAAUGAUUCACUCAUUCUUCUACAUUUUGUUAUUUUCUACAAUAAAUGCUCUUCAAAAUUUCAUAAAUAUUGUACAUGUGUUUGUAUUGAAAUUCACCAAAAUAUGUUUGCACGUGGGUACAUGAUCUUAGAAUACCCAGCCAGCAUCUGAUUGGUAUAGGUUCAACUCCCAUAGCCUCCUGCUGCCAAAUUUUUUUCCAUCUUAUAAGGGUAAAUACCCAAUUUUCUCCUGUUUUCACAGCUUUACUGCUUUUGAAAUUUACUUUCUGGUCUGUAAAAUACCAAUCAUAUUCGAUGCUUCCAAAGUUUGUUACUAAAAAGGUUACAUAUAUUUUCUAAAGCUUCUCAAAGAACAGCAGGUUUAGUUGAUGUAAAAGCUGGGCAUUU